AUCGGAUCGGUUGUUUGGAUAAAAACGAAGCCACCUCACGGGAGGGCGAUCUCAGUUGAAGGGACAGAACGCGACAUGAUGACACAAAACGCACGCGUAGUAAUGUGGGCCGUGUGGGCCGUCGCUGUUGGAACGCUUUCGCUGGUUGCCACGGAAAACCCGUGUGCUGGUGGACCUCCGGUCGAUACGAACCCGGCCCAAUGCUGCCCCACGCCGAUGCUCGUCGAUGGAACGAUUAUGAUGGACUGUUAUCAGAAGUACGGCGAGCAGACGAAGAAACAGCUGCAAAUGGACGGCAUCCCGCGUGGUUGCUGCAUCGCGGAGUGCGCCAUGAAUGCGACGAGCAUGUACGCGGACGGUAUGCUGAAGCGAGACGAUCUGUCGAAGAUGUUCAUGGACGCGGUGAAGGACAAACCGGAGUGGAUGGCACUCGUACGGGACGCCACAAAUGCGUGUUUUGAGAUGGCCAAGAAAAAGAAGGACGAGAUUGAGGCAGGGGCAAAGCUGGAGCCGAGCUUCGAGGGUGAAAAAAUCUGCCACCCGAUUUCGGGUACGAUCCUCCGUUGCAUGGGCAUGAUGAUGUUCGCCCAGUGUCCGGAGUCCGUUUUUCAUGCUAGCGACAACUGUAACAAGCUGCGCGAGUAUGGAAGCAUCUGUCCAAUGAUUUAAGGAGGCGCCUGUGUGACAGGGAAAGCUUUUUCGUCCUUUUACAGGUGUUUGAUGGUAGAGGUAGUGCAAGUAAAGAA